AAACAUCAUCGACUUCCUUUGCUCCGCUACCGAGAGGCAUAAUUCUUCCUCCACACACACACAAACAAAUACUUGAGACCGAUAAGAAUACCUGCAAACAUGCAGAUCUUCGUCAAGACUUUGACUGGCAAGACCAUCACCCUUGAGGUGGAGUCCUCUGAUACCAUCGACAACGUCAAGUCGAAGAUUCAAGACAAGGAGGGUAUCCCGCCCGACCAGCAGCGCCUGAUUUUCGCGGGCAAGCAACUGGAGGAUGGCCGCACCCUUUCCGACUACAACAUUCAAAAGGAGUCGACGCUCCACCUCGUCCUCCGUCUCCGUGGCGGUAUGCAGAUCUUCGUCAAGACCCUGACCGGCAAGACGAUCACCCUCGAGGUGGAGUCCUCCGAUACCAUCGACAACGUCAAGUCGAAGAUCCAGGAUAAGGAGGGCAUCCCUCCUGACCAGCAGCGCCUGAUUUUCGCCGGCAAGCAACUCGAGGAUGGACGCACUCUUUCGGAUUACAACAUUCAGAAGGAGUCCACCCUGCACCUUGUCCUGCGCCUGCGCGGUGGUAUGCAGAUCUUUGUCAAGACUCUGACGGGGAAGACCAUCACACUGGAGGUUGAGUCUUCGGACACGAUCGACAAUGUGAAGUCCAAGAUCCAGGACAAGGAGGGUAUCCCGCCUGACCAGCAGCGUCUCAUCUUUGCUGGUAAGCAGUUGGAGGAUGGCCGGACUCUGUCCGACUACAACAUUCAGAAGGAGAGCACCCUCCACUUGGUACUCCGGCUUCGCGGUGGUAUGCAGAUUUUCGUCAAGACCCUCACAGGGAAGACAAUUACUCUGGAGGUGGAAUCUUCGGACACGAUCGACAACGUGAAGUCCAAGAUUCAGGACAAGGAGGGCAUCCCCCCGGACCAGCAGCGGUUGAUCUUUGCGGGCAAGCAGUUGGAGGAUGGCAGGACACUGUCUGACUACAACAUCCAGAAGGAGAGCACUCUGCACUUGGUGCUGCGUCUCCGUGGUGGCCAGUAAGCAGUUGGGGUCCUGGGAAUGGGGGACAUGACGGUGGAAGCGGUUCUGGGAGGGUCAGCAAUAAGCGACCACGGGAAUUCUCGCUUUUCUAAUAGCAUCACGACACGGUACCAUUGAGAUACCUUUGACGAAUAGACUCGAUUUGGGUCUCA